AUGUUCCCUCCGCAGGGGAGUCAGUCGAGGCCUUCCGCUCGCGCGUCUUCCGCUUGCCGGUCGUCGGGCCGCCCGUCCUCUCUCUCUCGGUCCGCCUCCUCGCCGAGGCCUCCGCUCAUCUCCGUGCCACUGCCGCUGUCGAGCGGCAGCCCGACGCGUGCGUUAGUCGGCUUGCGGAACUUUGGCAACACCUGCUACUGCAACGCGCCCCUCCAGGUCCUCUUGUCCUGCGAGGCGUUCUGCCUCUACUUCCUCACGCGCUUGAACCCGCGCAAAGACGUCAACCCUCUCUCCCGCUACCGCGGCCGCCUGCUGGAGGCCUGGCUCACGCUGCUGCGACAGAUCUACGGCGACUGCGCAGGCGCCGAACCCGCGGCGCCCAAGUCGCCCGACGGCGAAAAAGGUCACGGGCACAGCCUGUCCGCCGCCUCCUCCUCCUCCCCGACGUCUUCGCGGUACUCGCGCCACCUCAGCCAGCGCAGCGCUUACAAUUCGAGCUCGCAGGACUCUGGCUCUGGCAGCGGGUCACCGACCUCGGCGCCUUCCCGGCUCCUCGCAGACGGCGUGGAAGCCGGGGGAGUAGGCGGCGGCAGGACCUCCUCCUCCUCGUCUUCCUCCUCCUCCCGAGCGGCGCUUUUCGGCGGCCACGGGUCGGCGUCGACCUCGUCGCCUGCGUUGACAGCGGGGGCCAGCCGCAGCUGCCAGCGGCUCCUGGAGCUCGUGCGGCACCAGCAUGCGCAGUUCGCCGAGUUUCAGCAGUGCGACGCGCAUGAGUUCCUGCGCACCUUCCUCGACGACUUGUCGAUGGAGUGCAACCGCGCGGGCCGCAAGCAGUUUGCGGCGCCCAGCGCCGCAAACUGCUUGCGGGCGGGUGGCGAGGCGGCCACCGGCGGCGCAGGCGGGGGGCCGGGGGGGCAGGAGGAGGAGGAGGAGGCAGCGGGCGGCGGCGGCGCCUUCCCCCGGGCUGGGACUCGAUCGAAGACGUCAAGGGCGAAGAUCCCGCGCUGA